ACAUUUGUAAUAUAAAAUUCAUAAAAGAUUUAGUUAACACUUAAACCUUUUACAUAUCUUACCGUUCCGAUGAUGAUUUCUUAGAGUCAAAUAUAAGCUCUAAUUAUACGGGAAAAGCACUCGAUCUCCUUGUGAAAUGUUCAUACUGUAAACAGUGCGAAUACUGGAAGCCGAAAAUGAACACCAUGGAAUACGAGGUAUGGAUGGAAUCCCAUGCAGACGAAUGCAGUGCGAAUCACAUUGGAAGUGCCGGAAAAAUGGAGGUGGACGCGGCUGUCGAAAUGUUCUCAAGAUCAGAAGAAUUACACAACAUUAGAUAUUCUUCAUAUAUUGGUGACGGCGAUAGUAAAACUUUUAAAGGCAUUUUCGAAUCUCGACCUUAUGGUGAAGAUUGCACUAUAUUGAAAAAAGAAUGCGUUGAUCACGUACAAAAAAGAAUGGGAGCCCGACUUCGGAAAUUGAAAAAAGAAACGAAAGGCCUCGGUGGUAAAGGCAAGCUCACAGCAAAGCUCAUUGAUGAGCUGAGUGUUUUUUACGGCCUCGCAAUACGAAGAAAUAAAGAUUCCGCAGAAGACAUGAAGACGGCAAUCUGGGCUACGUUGAAACAUAAAUCGUCGACCGAUACAAAUCCGCAGCACGAUAGCUGUCCGCCUGGGGAUGACAGCUGGUGUACCUGGCAGAAAGCAAAGGCUCAGGGCAAACUGGCCGAGUAUUCACAUAAACCGGCUCUCAGCGAUUACGUGUUGAGCGCAAUCACUCCUAUCUACGAAGAGCUAAGCAGCGAAAAUUUACUACAGCGGUGCAUAGGAGGGUUUACGCAAAAUAACAAUGAAAGUCUCAACGCUCUCAUAUGGUCGUUUGCUCCAAAGCGAGUGUUCAGCGGCGCAAAGACGGUAGAAAUUGCAUCAUAUUUGGGAGCGAGCAUUUUCAACGAAGGUUACGCGAGUCUUCUAAAAAUGAUGCACAUGAUGAAUAUAAUAAUUGGACCAAAUGCCGUUGCAUUGUGCACAGAGGUGGAUGACACCAGGAUAUCAAUUGCCGACGCGCGAUCAUUCGAGGCCUCAAAAGAGGGAAGAGUCGAAAGAAGAGCGAUGAGAUCGGCUCUUGAAGAAGAUUUUUAUGAAGAGGAAGGUCCCCUUUAUGAGGCAGGAAUGGCAGAUUAAGGGUGAGAAGCUUAAAUACAUUUUUUCACUGAAAAAACUAGUACCAAAACUUUAAACGCGUUUUUCUCAAAACCAUGUUUUUCAAAACGGUGUACACGAUAUCUCGAGAUAUAAUUGACGAAUCGACUUGAAAUUUGGUAUACUUAUUCUAAGGACUAGUGUCUUUCCUUAGACACCUGAUCUUGUAAGGUUCUUUUUGUGAAUUCAUUAUCAGUGACAGUAAAAUACGAAAUAUGGAGCAGAUAUAUUGGAGAUUUUUCGCCACGGCCUACUAUGGCACACAACUUCCUGCAGAAAACAACCCUUCAACAA